AUGGAAGCAUCAAAGAGGCUACAAAAAGGCAUAAAAGAGAUCCCAGAGUUGUUUAUCAUUGGAAGGCCAGAUAUGACGAUUGUGGCUUUUGGCUCUAACAUGAUUGACAUGUUUGAAGUGAACGACUUACUGUCCUCUAAAGGCUGGCAUUUAAAUCCAUUGCAAAGACCUAACAGCAUUCAUAUAUGUGUGACCCUUAAACAUGUACCUGUUGUUGACAAUUUCCUUAAAGAUGUAAAGGAUUAUGUGGAAACGGUGAAAGAAAAGUCUAGGCCAGUAAGUGGAGGACUUGCACCGAUAUAUGGUGCAGCUGGGAAGAUCCCAGAUUGA